GUAAAAUUUAAGACCCGAAUUGAACCAACCCGACUAGAAUGGAUAAUCGAAUGUCCAAGCCAUCCGGCCUGCACUGUGUUUAAACCGAUCGAGCCCUAAAUGUAUCGGUGACUGAUGAGUUAAUGAGAGAGACACCAGUCAACGGUUCAACAAAACGGACCUUCUUCAUCUUCUUCCCCAACAAUUACUCAAUUCUAAAAAGGAACGAUCUUUCGAAAACAGGUUUCGUUAAUUCUGGGAUUUCGGAAAGAUAUAAUCUUUGGCUGUUGCAGAUAAUGGUGAAAGCAGUGGUUGGAGAAGAUACUAGACUUACUUCUGUUGAAGAUCGUCUCUCUCACUCAGCUAUUCCUGCUGAAGUGGGUCUUGUGAUAGGGAAGCUUAGCUCUGUUCUGGAUCGUGGAUUUGUCUUUGAUUUGAUUCCUACACCAAGUAACGAUGAUGGUGAACCAGCAUGCGCGGUUUUGGAGACCAAAGAUGAUAAAAGGAAGCCUUCUAAGUCUAAAUCUCAGUCAUCUGAGUCGUCUUCUUUAUCGAUUGAUUCAGAUUGGGUUGCAGAACAUGCUCGACAGGUAUCGAGAAUGCUGUUGGGUGGCAUGAAGGUUGUUGGUAUCUAUGUAUGGGCUAGUGACAUUGCUUUUAAGAAUUCUACUAUGAUCCUUUGCCAGGCUAUGAAGGCAGUUUCGGAUGCAAUACGACAUUUGGAUCCUAGCUUGAAUGAAGCUCUUCUUAUUCACAUAUGUUACAGUCCGAGGAGAUGGAAUUGCCGAACUUGUUUGCUGAGUUCAAGUAUUACAUCAAGUAAUCUUCGACCUUGUGACUUUAAGCUGGGAAAGGUGUUAAGUUCUCUACAGAGGUUUAGGUGCAGCUACAACUUUAGUUUCAGAUUACCAAUUUACGGUGAGGGUGGGUCAAGUGCACAAACGUUUACUGAUACCAUCCGUAAAGAACUUGCAAUUCAUGCAAAGGAGCUAAAUAGUGCAAAUGCAAUGAUUGAUGGAGACUUGGUGCAUAACGACGAGCCUUGUAACACGGAUGGUGAACAUGAAAUUGAAUUGUUAUUCCCAUUCAUGAAAGAUACUCGUGCUGAGGCAUCAACUGCAAAGAACGUUACUGGAAUUCUACUCUUCACUGGUUCUGUAUUCUCUUACGCCUACUUGAACGUGAAAGAACCAGUUUCACAAGCUAUUGCUGAUAUUAAGGCUGACAUUAUUAGAAGUCUGCAAAGUAGAUUGGACAUUAUCUGUGAUGAGUCCGAGCAGGAUCUCAAUCCAACUGAUGUGGGAGACAAUGAAAAUGCAGACGGGAUGUCGAAAAUUCCCAUCUCCAAACUUAUCCUCAAUUCAUCUAUAAAAGCGUGCCAUCUCCGUCUUCCCAGGAGAGUUCUUGUUCCGUGGCUGUCCGGUAUGUUCAUCUGCGAUUAUCUACAGCCGUUCGAAUCACUCGAGGUGGUAAAAGAACGGUGUAUCGAGUUGAUGUCCAUGGAACAUUCUUCUAUAGACGAAUCAAAGAUUUCAGAAGUGGAAACCGAAACGUCUUUAUUGAUCGCGGAAUCAAUGUGGGACGUGAUAUCUCCUGCGACAUCUGCUUCCAGCUUCUGCCUAGGAGGGAAUGUGGAAAGGACAACGGAUGGUGAAGACGAAACCAAGAGAACGAGUAACGCAAGUACUGCAUCAAAUGUCCCGAUUUUGGUCGGGAUUUUCGUACUUUUACUCUCAAUUGUAUUAGGAUUCAUGCUUUACCAGAGCGAUUAGCUAAUAUCACAAGUGACAAGUCUCUGUUUUGAUCAAACCACAAAUGAACUUACUUUUGUUUCCCGCAUUAGAGUAGAAGAGAGACUAUUCUUCUCGUCGGAGAAAAUAUACAAAACCGUGCCUCUUUAUAUUUGAGGAUACCUUCAAUCAAUUUAGUACAUUUUUUUUUGGAUUUUGCAA